CACUGUGCGCCUAGCAUAACAAUUCGGAAGAGGGAAGAAAUAACAGUGAAAUAUUAUAAGAAGGAAUACAUUCCCAUCGAUAAAAACUCCUGGUUAUUACUCCUCCACUGCCAUGUCGUGAAAGACGGGGGGUGUGAACCCUUGACCCUGAGGCGACCAGGCUGUGAUUUAAACCAGAGGAGGAGGAGGAGACAGACAGACAUGCACCCGUACGGCUGUGAGGCAGAGACAUCUCUUCAGGAGCUGUUUGAUUUCUUCACUCGGUGUCUGCAGAAUGGCGAGUGGGAGCUGGCUGAAGCCUGCGUGCCUCAGCUGUGUGACGCUGGAGGAGAGGUGUCACAACGGCUACGGGACAUCAUCAAGGCCAUCAUCACCUACCCUUACCUGCUAGAAUGGGAGAGUGUGGGCAGCCCUCACAAACUGGCCUGGCUUUGGCUCCAAGUCCUGGAGAAAUGGACCAAAGAAGAGGUUUCUGUUUCAGUCAGGAGAGAACUAGAGAUCCUACUGCUUCUAGAGGAGCUGGGAGACGAGGUGCCAGAGACCACGCUCAAGGAGCUCCACCAGGCCUUCCUAACCACCCAGUCGGAGGAGAGCAAGGGAUCAGGGCUUCCAAGGGUAUCACCAGGGACGGGCGAUGCUCAGAGUCCAGGGAUAGAGACCUGUCUCGAAGCCUUGUUGGACCAGAAGAGACCCAGAGUGGCCCAGGCUCUGGUUAGCUUCCUGGAGGACCACCCCAGGAGUGUUAAUACAGGGAACCACAUCCUACAGGACACAUUCAUCAGAUACCUGAUGGAGAGAGUGGAGCAUCUUGGUUCAGGCUCAGAGAAGAUGGAGGGCUGGGCGGAGGAGAUGUGUGUGGUCCUAGCCCUGAUGCCCCUGAGGUCGGAGCGAGGUGGAGGAGGCGGGGGCCAGCUGGAGGCCCUGUGUGAGGCCCUGUGGAGGGCCAGAGACGGGCCCCUGAGAGAGGAGAGGGUCCUGAGCUCCCUGCUACGACCCCACUGCCACACCUUGCUKUCCCACUACUGCUCCACAGCCCUCAGGCUGCACAGAGACCGACUACUGAGAGAGACUCCCAGCAUCCAGG